AUGAUCACUGGAUAUUCUAAAUGGAAUAGAUAUCCCGAAGUGAUGAACUUGAUUUCAUUGAUGCAUCACUCUAUUGUUAAGUUGAAUGAAACCACAAUUUCAACAUCGUUAAGUGUUUGUGCACGCUCAUGGUCAUUGGAAAAUGGGAAACAGAUUCAUGGGCUGGUUUUGAAAUAUGGACAUGAGGACUUUGAGCUAGUGGGGAGUGCUUUGUUGUACUUGUAUGCUAGUUGUUAUGAAAUCAUGGAAGCAAAGCGGGUUUUUGAUGAGUUGUGUGAGAAGAAUGAGUUAGUGUGGAGUUUGAUGCUCGUUGGUUUUGUUCAAUACAGUUUUUUGAGUGAAGCUUUGAAGGUUUUUGAAGAAAUGUCGAGGCGCGGUGUGGUUGAAUGGACUACAUUGAUUUCAGGGUAUGCAAAGAGCAAAGACGGGUGUCAGAAGGCUUUGGAGUUGUUCAAGAUGAUAAGAAAGUGCAUGUCUAGACAUGCUGAUUAUAUAAAGAACCGCCACUAUGCUCAAGUUGAUUGUCUUGAAUAUGCUAAAUAUGUUAAGAACAUGAUUACUAAUGCUGAACAAAUGGAAGGAAGAGGCCGGCAGUUUGCUGUAAAAGGAGUUGAGAAUAAAAAAACGUACAGAAAACUGAGAGGAGGGCAGCUGCUAGAAAACGAGGCUGAGAAGAAUAGAUACACACCGGAGACGCAGAGACGGCACACACACAACUAG